AUCAUCAUCAUCAUCAUCCUCCUCCUCCUCCUCCUCCUCAUCACCUCACCCUCAUCAUCACCUCAUCGAACUGACAGAUGACGAUGCUGACGUCUUUUUUUUCUCAAUUUAAAGACGUAAAUUAACCCGCCAUGCAGUGCGUUUCACGCCCAUUAGGAGAUCCCGCAAUGGACUGUGAGCCCCUUUGUUUAACAGGAGAAUGAAGAAGAGGAGAUACAGGAAGCCGUGGCAGCACUGUGGACCAUUUUUAUAAAGUCUCCAUGAACGCAUCAGAAGAAACACUCUAGUAAUUGAAUCAAUGGCCAAGAAAGGGCGUGCCAAGGGCGAGAAGCCCGAAGCCCUGAUCUCUGCUUUGCAGGCAGCCAAUGAAGAUCUCAGGUCCAAGCUGACUGACAUUCAGAUUGAACUGCACCAGGAAAAAUGCAAGGUGAGCAAGCUGGAGCGCGACAAAGUGCAGGAAGUGAAGCGGGUGCGUGAACAGGAGCAGCAUCGCCACACCGCCAUGCUGACAGAGCAGCGGGCCAAAUGGCACGAGGAAAAACAAAAAGACCUACAGGCCCUCCGGGAAAAUCUGACGCGACAGCAUGAGCAGGAGCUUGCCCGCCACGCCAAAAUCAAAGACCAGGAGAACCAAAGGCUCAAGACUGCACUGAGUGCCAUUCGCGAUGGCAGUGGCGAGAAGGUGCGCACAGCAUUGACUCUGGAAGCCAAGGAGGACGCUCGCCGCUUCUUCGACCAGGAGAGAGUGAAGCUCCUUCAGGAGAUAGCUGAGCUGAAGUCGACCAAGAAGCAGACGGACGAGGCUCUAAGCAACAUAAUCCAGGCAGACAAGAUGAAGGCCGGCGACCUGCGGGUGGAGCACCAGCAGCACCAGGACCAGAUCUCUAAGAUCAAGUGGGACUGUGAACGGGACAUCCGGAGACUGGUGGAUGAAAUCAAAGCUAAGGAUCGUACCAUCUUCUCUCUGGAGAAGGAGAUGGAGUCAACGACAGGAUUCCUCCAGAAGCUGCAGCUUCAGAAGGAUGCACUGGAUGAGCAACUCUUCCUGGUCAAGGAGGCCGAGUGCGGUGCAGGAAGCCCAAAAAGAGAGAUUCCGGGACGUGUGGGAGAUGGCGCAGAGCACUGUGGUAGCCCAGACUUGAGGAGAAAUCAAAGACGCAUGGCUGAGCUCAAUUCAACGAUUCGGAAGUUGGAGGACCGAAAUUCGCUACUGGGAGAUGAAAGGAAUGAACUUCUGAAACGCGUGCGAGAGUCGGAAAAGCAGUGCAAGCCCCUGUUGGAUAAGACAAAGCUGCUGAGUAAGCGCAAUGAUGAGUUGAUUCUGACCAUCCACAAGUUGGAAGAGAAAGCAAAGAAUCUAGCCAAGGAGAACCUUGAAAUGAAGGAAAAGAUCAGCUCCCAACCUCCACUAAAGAAACCCAAGUCUCUGAAUGACCUGGACCAAGUCCACGACGACCAGGAAAUAGCGUUUCUCAAGCUUCAAGUCCUGGAGCAGCAGAGCAUGAUUGAUGAGCUCGCAAGAGACCGGGAGAAACUGCUUAGGAAAAAAAGGCAUAAAAGGAGUUCCAGGCCAAUUAAGAGGCACAUUGUAGUGGACACAUUCUUUGGUUAUGAUGAAGAGUCAAUGGACUCUGAAACAUCCUCGGUGGCUUCUUUUCGCACGGACCGGACACCGGCGACUCCUGAUGAAGACCUGGAUGAGCGUCUAGCCAAUGAGGAGUCCGAGUUGCGGUUCCGUCAGCUGACCAGGGAGUAUCAGGCCUUACAGCGAGCGUACGCCCUGCUGCAGGAACAGAAGGGAGGCAUUCUGGAUGCUGAGAUGGAAGCCAAGGCUCAGGAGCAGCUCCAAGCAGACAUACUCAGGUACAAGGCCAAAAUAGAGGACUUGGAGAGAGAGCUUACCAUGAAGGGUCAGGACUCCAAAUGGGUGGAGGAGAAGCAACUCUUUUUACGAAGAAAUCAUGAGCUUCUAGAGAAGGUGGAAAAAGUGGAGACGGAAUGCAGUCGGGCACAGCAGGAGCUCCAAGACUCGAAGGACCAGAAUGAACUGUUAGAGUUCAGGAUCCUGGAAUUAGAGGAGCGAGAGAGGAGGUCGCCUCCUUUCAACCACCUGAGGAUGCAUCCCUUCUCAGAGGGUGUCAGUGCACUGCAGAUCUACUGUAUGAAGGAGGGUGUCAAGGAUGUGUGCAUACCAGAUCUAAUCAAACUUUUAGAUAUCCUUGGGGACAACGGGAACCUAAGAAAUGAGGAACAAGUCGCUAUUAUUCAGGCUAGCACCGUUUUGUCAUUAGCAGAAAAGUGGAUUCAGGAGAUUGAGGUAACUGAGGCGGCACUACACCAGAAAAUGAUGGACUUGGAGAUAGAGAUGGAGAUGUUCUGUAAACAAAAAGGAUAUCUGGAGGAGGAGCUGGACUACAGAAAACAAGCCCUGGACCAGGCCUACAUGCAAAUCCAAGAGUUGGAGGCAACGUUAUACAACGCCCUGCAGCAGGACAAGGUGAUCAAAUACGGCGAGCCCCUGGACGAGCUUCAGCGGGAUGAGCUGCGAACUGCGGUUGAGAAAUUGAGGAGGCAGAUGCUGAGGAAGAGUCGAGAGUAUGACUGUCAGAUCCUGCAGGAAAGGAUGGAGCUUCUGCACCAGGCACACCAGAGAAUUCGAGAUCUUGAGGACAAAACAGAGAUCCAAAGGAGACAGAUUAAAGAUCUUGAGGAAAAGGUGAUGAGUCAGCCCGGAGAUCCCGUUUGUCACUGCUGUUGUGUUUAUUUUUUAUCCAAGUGUGGCGGAGCAACAGUGGCUGUUUGUGUGGUGACGCUACACAAGUCAAUUGGAUGUUGGCCAUGGAUGCUCACUAUUACGUAUUUUUCUUUGUCAAACCUUUUUUUUUUAAAGUGGGUCUCUCAGGAUGCAGGACUGCAAGAACAAUACACACACAAGAACACACACACGUGCAGAUGCAGUUGCACGUAGAUGCACGUCUGUUUUGACAAACACAUGCUUUGACAAAUCCAAAACCAAAGCCUGGGAAGUAAACAAUGUCUCUGCCAUGCAGGGUAAUAGUAAUAAUAAUAAUAUUAUUGUGUGUCAGCCAUCACUGUUUGGGGGAAUCGAACAAAACAAAAACACCCACCCACAGCUGAUUGUCUCCUCUUUCAAGCCUAAAAGGAUGUUAAAGCAAGCAGGGACCAUCAGACUGCUCUAAAGGCAAGUGUACAGACUCUGGAAGACACUCAGGUUGGGAGACUCGAAUAAAGAAAACUAUGGAGACCUUGAAGUGGAACUGGAUUGUCAACAGUCUUCUGAGUUUGUCUCCAAAAAAGCAGAUGAAGUAAGAUCUUUACUCUCUGGUUUUAUUGGUGUCCCAUUUUUUUAACAGCUCGCCAGCCCUCGAUACAUAAACAUUUGAUGUUCAUGUGUACAUUUAAGCCAUUUCUUUCACGUUGUUCUGUGAAUGGUUGCACUUUUACGUUCAUUGCAGCUCGAGCAGCCCAACUCGGCGAUUUUAUACAUUUAAAAAAAAACAAAAAAACAAUGCUCAUAAUUUAUUGUGAUGUCAGUUGCAAGUGUUUUUUUUUUCCUUUUUUCUUGGACAUUAUGACUGAAAAAAAAAAAGAAGUUGAAUGUGGAUUAUUUACCCCUCCUUUUCAUCCUGUCACCAUGUCGUCGCUCUUGCUAACCAGCCGUGGGAAGUCUGGAUUCACAUGAUCUCAAAUGAAGGCGCCCUUUAAAAGUUUAAUGAAUAAGCUUGUACAUAUUGUCAAACCUUUAAAAAAAAAAAAAAAAAAUCCAAAUACUGAUUGGUCUCAACCGUUUUAGUUGUUCUGAAUCUUGAUUAGCUAUAAACAAAAUAACUACGGGAACAAAGCUAUUCAUUUUCAUAUAAUGACUGCCCUUAAUUUUGCUAACCACAACUUGAUACUAACAGCUCCCACUCUAUUUUUCUUUCUUUCACAAAACUUCUUACAGUAUGUAUGGUGUCAUUCUAAAUAUGUACCAUCGAUGCAUGUGGGCCUCCUGCUGGCCUCCCGUGACAUCCAUGACUUCAACGGGGAACGACCGAGACUAUUUUUGUGCAAACUUUGCUAACAAGCAGUUGCCUUAAAUGCAUUUCCCCUCAUGUUUUGCUUGUACAUUCUCGGCCCCUUAUAAUAACAUGUUUUACUCCCCCUAACCCUAGGUGGUUGAUAUUAUUGUGUAAUGUAUAUUUAAAUCUAUAUAUUUUGUUUUUAACUCACAGAGGAUUUUUUUUAAUGUCUUCCAACAAGAAUUGAACCCCCCCCUACUUUCACCUGGAUGAUUAAAUAAACUGGACAAAGUCAACUUUGACUUUGAUG